UGUCAACAGCUAAUCAGCUGAUGCAUCAUCAUGCAUACUCCAUCUAUCAGAAAUAUACCUAACUUUACGUGAAAUUGUAUCAGCUGAUGAUGUUGAUAAUCAACAAAGUUUUUAUAGCGGUUUCUACUGUGAUUUCUAACCUCACUCAAUGAUCAAUUACUUAUUUAUUGUUAAUAAUUUAAUAAUACAAUAGAAAUAGUGAUUAAGAAUAAUGGAAUCAAAUAAUAACAAUAGUAAUGAGCAGUCAGUAGAAUCGAGUAGUAAUCAAAACAAUGAGAAGAAUAAUGACGAAGAAAAAUUAAAUUUGACAAAACCUCAAGUUGAACAACAAGAAGAAUCAAAAUCUGAAGAUGAAUUAUUAAAUACAUCAAAUCAAGAACAAUUUAAAAAACCAGUCUUAAUAGUUGGACCGCGAAAAGGUAAAACUGGUUCAAUACGUACCAUUUCUGCUACUAAAUUAGUAAUUCCUCAGCCAACAUGUCUUGAAUCAGAUCAAACAAAUACAGAAACAUCAGAAUUAGACAAUACUGGGCAAAAAAAUAUAUCUGAUUAUAAGCUACCGCUGAAUUACAAAGAACCGGCGUGGAGCGGUAAGCCACAAAAUAGAUAUAAAAUUGAAGUAUUAAAAUCUGGAGUUAUUUUAGAUACGGUUGACUUAACACAGAAAAGUUUUUAUGUUAUUGGACGACUUCCUAUGUGUGAUAUACCUUUAGCUCAUCCUACUAUUUCUAGAUUUCAUGCUAUUCUUCAAUAUAGACUCGAAGGCGAUGAUAAAAAUGGUCCAGGAUAUUACUUAUACGAUUUAGAAAGCACUCAUGGUACUUUUUGGAACGGAUGUCGAAUAAGACCAAAAACUUAUGUGAGGCUUCGCGGAGGACAUAUGGUAAAAUUCGGUUGUAGCCAACGUAAAUUUAUUAUUCAGACACCAUCAGACGAGGUAGAAGAAGAAUCUGAAUAUUCUGUAUCUGAAUUGAAGGAAAUGAGAAGGUUGGAAUUAUUAAAAAAGGAAAAAGAAGAAAAACUUCGCUUAGAAGAAGAAAAAAUGAAAAAAGAAAAGGAAGAAGCUGAAGGUAUUGAUUGGGGAAUAAGUGAAGAUGCUGAUGAAGAAUCAGAUCUGGCCGAGAAUCCUUAUGCAAUGACCAAUAAUGAAGAAUUAUUUUUGGACGAUCCUAAAAAAACAUUGCGCGGAUGGUUUGAAAGAGAAGGAUAUGAUUUACAGUAUCAGACAGAAGAAAAGGGUGUGGGCCAAUUUUUGUGUUGGGUUGAACUACCUAUAGAUGCAUCAAGUAAAACUGUUAAAGCAGAAGCUUUAGUGAAAGGUAAAAAAAAGGAAGCUGUUAUUCAAUGUGCACUGGAAGCUUGUCGAAUUUUAGACAGAUAUGGUCUGUUAAGACAGGCAACACAUGAAGGAAGGAAACGUAAAUCAAGAAAUUGGGAAGAAGAAGAUUAUUACGAUUCCGAUGAAGAUAAUUUCUUGGAUAGAACUGGCACUGUAGAACGUAAAAGAGAACAACGAAUGAGGAAUGCUGGUAAAUUGGAAGAAAAAGCAGAAACUUAUACUUCUUUGAUCGAAAAACACUCGAUUGUUGUUAAAGAAAUAAAUAAAAUUGAAAUAACUUUGAAAAACCAUAAUGAUGCUCAAAAAAGUGCAGAUUCUAAUUCUAAUGCGGAUGCUUUAGAUGCAUUCAUGUCAAAUUUAAGUUCAGCCGUUUUGAAUAAAAGCGAUUUGAUGAAAUUAAAGAUGAAAUUACUAGCAUUUAAAAAAGAGGAAGAAAAAUUGAGAAGAUUAGUAAAUAUUGCGAAACCGGCUACUUUACCAGCAUUAAAUCCUCCCAGCAGUGUAACGGCUUCUAAAAGUACAGAAGAAAAUAUUAGUUCCCAAAAACGACAACGUACAGAUGACAGUCAAUCAAAAGAUAGUAAAGAUUCCAAUGAAACUAAAAAUACAAAAGAAGAGCAGUUUCUGGAUAAAGUACAUUAUGGUUUAAUAAGUUCUGCUAAAGAAGUUGACACAGUAAAAAAAGUAGAAGAAGAAAAUCAUAAUAAACUAAAAGAUGAUGAAAACAUAGAAACAAAUAAAAAUAAGGCUGAAGAUAAUAAAAAAAAAAUCGAAGAAGAUGAAAUAAAUAAGACAAAGAAAAAAAGUAUGCGAAAAAUGAAACAAAAACUUGAAAAAGAAAUGCAAAAAAAUCAAGAUGUAUAUCAGGAAAAUUAUUCUACGUGGCUUCCACCUGAAAAUCAGAGCGGCGAUGGAAGAACAAGUUUAAAUGAAAAAUUUGGUUAUUGAUAAGUGAAAAAUAUUUUUAAUUUAUUCAUAAAUUAUUAUUAAUAUUACUAUUAUCAAUAUUAAUGUGAUUAGAUUUUUUAUAUUGAUAAUA